UGCAGCACUCCACGGUGUAGAGGUACUUUAACCACAACUACAGCAGCACUCUGACAACCAUGUAAACGCGGCGCCCCUACUGGUCUCCGGCUGGCAAGGCUGGGUCAGUUGGAUUCUGAGCUCAGAACCAGUGUCAGGGAGCUACUAUCCCUGUUGAAACUGUGGUCGAGCAGAGAAGAAAAAAUGUAACCCUUCCCCUUCUAGCCCAAUCUAAACGAGCAAGGACAGUACAAAGCCAGGAGAGGAAGCAAGUGGUCCACUCACCUUCCAGAUAGAUGCCAGCUGGUGCCUUUGAAAUUCAAUGCCGGCUGGGGAUCCUUCAGCGUGGGAUCACGCCGUGUAAAUGCCCUAAAUGCAUACAGUAGAAGGGACGCCUGGAACUGCUAAUGUGAUGCAUCUACACAAGAGGAAUGUAACUGCUUUAAGAUGGGUAAUAAACAGACGAUAUUUACUGAUGAACAACUAGACGCCUAUCAGGACUGCACCUUUUUUACUCGCAAAGAAAUCCUCCGGCUGCACGGCAGAUACCAUGAGAUGGCUCCUCACAUAGUGCCAAUGGACUACACCAACGCGCCAGACGUCACAAUACCAAUACAACUCAUUGUAAACAUGCCAGAGCUCAAGGAGAAUCCAUUCAAAGAGCAAAUAGUGAAGACCUUUUCUGAAGAUGGCGAGGGGAACCUGAGCUUCAAUGACUUUGUGGACAUGUUCUCCGUGCUGAGCGAGAUGGCUCCGCGUGAGCUGAAGGCCAUUUACGCCUUUAAAAUCUACGACUUCAACACGGACAACUACAUCUGCAAGUCGGACCUGGAGAAGACGCUGAACAAGCUGACGCGGGAGGAGCUGGCGGCAGAGGAGGUGACGUUGGUGUGUGAGAAGGUGAUCGAGGAGGCCGACCUGGAUGGUGACGGCAAACUCAACUACGCAGACUUUGAGAACAUGAUCGGCAGAGCACCCGACUUCCUCAGCACAUUUCACAUUCGGAUCUGAAGGGCAGAGACGGGACUGGUGUACAAGAAGGCAGGUGCACUUCAAGGUCAGGGCCGAUCCCCUCUGUUCUCUCAACCCUCUGGAACUGUGUACUGGUGGCAGAGCUGGCUGGAACUGCAGGGAAAGAGCAGCCUGCCUCUCUCUCUCUCUCUCUAUCCUCCUCCUCAUCAUGUCCGUCUGAGGACAGGCUGGAUCGCUGCUCCCUCUGCUUGGAAACCCGAAGAGCAGGUGACUGACCGAUCUUCACGACAGCAGCAGUGUUCCUGAACAACUCUCUUGAAUUUUCCACUGAAGAGGCAGUGCCAGUGAACGGUUCUCUCUCCAGGAAGCACAGGCAGAUUCUAGGGCUAAAUCCUCUGUCAGUAUUUUAUAUCACAACACACAGUGGCGCUUUGUCCUUUACUGGGGUUUCAAGGAAACCUUUCUAUAUCCCCACUGUUUUGUAAUCGCUUGCUGCAGAUGUUUAAGGUAUUAAUUUUAAUUCAGAGUUGUUUGUUGUAAGUUGCCGGUUUUGGUGAUUCUUCAUUGCAGCAGCUUCCUCAUGGACUGUGCGACCAGUGUGUGACCCCAGCCCCCCAACGCAUCUCCCUUCGACACCCGAGUAGGAAGGAACUGCAGAUUUAACUGCUGGUUUAAACUGAAGAUGGAAUCAAAAAC